AGGCGCGCGUGGAGACGGUAAUUUUGAGCUUGCCGCGUUCGCGGCGGAAGUUCGUGGCGCGUGGCUAGCGAGGAAGCCCGCGCGCACCAGAGGAGCGCAAGGAAGAAGGUGGCGGCGAUGCCCCUUUCCCCUCAGUGCGCUCCACACAGUAUCCGAGCGCUCGACAGUCGCUCCAAGAAGUCAAGACCGCGCGGACGAUGGCCCACCUCCCCGCGUCAGAGCCAUGACCUCAGGGCCUAGUCUGAGCAUGACCCAUGAUUCCCCUCUGAUGCCAAGCUUUGAUGAACCCCCGGAGUACGGCAAUGGAUCCUCCUGGUCGUCGACAGCUGACAUUAGCACCAGCAGCCUGUACCAAGUGCCAGUGGGGUUCGUCGUGUUACUCUCACUGUUCUACGGUGUCAUCGCCCUCGUGGCUGUCGCCGGGAACUUCAUGGUCAUGUGGAUCGUGGCCACGUCCAGGAGGAUGCAGACCGUCACCAACUCUUUCAUCGCCAACCUUGCCGUGGCGGACGUCAUCAUCGGUCUCUUCUCCAUCCCUUUUCAAUUCCAGGCAGCUCUUCUGCAACGAUGGGUGCUACCGGAGUUCAUGUGCGCGUUCUGCCCGUUCGUCCAGGUUCUGUCCGUGAACGUGUCCAUCUUCACGCUGACAGCGAUCGCGCUGGAUCGUUACCGUGCUGUGAUGUCGCCGCUUAAGGCGCGGACGUCAAAGCUCAAGGCUAAGUUUAUCAUACUUGGCAUAUGGAUGGUAGCGCUGGCCGCUGCGCUGCCCUACGCUGUCGCGUUGCGUGUGGAGAAUGUGCUGGUGUCAACGACUCUCAACAUUACAAAGCCGUUCUGUCACGAAGUAGGGAUGUCCCGCACCACGUGGAGGGUGUACAAUCAUGUGCUCGUUUGUCUUCAGUACUUUUUCCCGUUGCUUACUAUUUGCUUCGUGUAUGCGCGGAUGGGAAUGAGACUGAAGGACACUAGGUCUCCUGGGAAUGCGCAGGGGGAUCGCGACAUGCGCAUCCUCAAGAACAAAAAGAAGGUGAUCAAGAUGUUGUUUGUCAUCGUGGCUUUAUUCGCCUUUUGUUGGCUACCCUACCAGCUUUACAAUCUCUUGCGGGAAGUAUUCCCCCAAAUAGAUAGGUACCGUUACAUCAACAUCAUCUGGUUCUGCAUGCACUGGCUGGCGAUGAGCAACUCCUGUUACAACCCUUUCAUUUACGCUAUCUACAACGAGCAGUUCAAGCGUCAGUUCGUAGCUCGCUGUGCCUGCAGCCACAAGUCCAAGCAUGCUCAUAAUCGACUCGGAACGUACGACCAAGAGGACAACUCAACCAUGAUUGUGCCUUUGAGACAAUCGUUCAGAGUGAGCAUCAAGUCGGCGUCCUCGCCGGCGCACGUCGGAUCUAAAGUGUGACAUGCAGUCAUGCUGGAGUUCCCGCAAGUGCAAACAGAUCAGUGUGAAGUGGAGCGUGCGCUGCUUCAGAGAAAAGUACCAUGUGUCGCGCUAUGCGGAAGGCCUGUGGUCAAGCUGCAGACGUUGUUGUGGUUCGUAAUAAAGGUGAUAUUCGUCGAGCAGCUCAAACGACAGGAUGGUGAAGAGGUCAAAAGUACAAUGAUACCUCUAGCUACUACGAAUAUAUCUAUAAAUAAAUAUGGUCGCACGUAUGACCCAUGUAUGUGACUGCAUUGUGGCAGGUUCUCUCUCUCUCUCUCUCUUUCUCCUUUUCCUU